GGGAAGAAUUAUAAUAAAAUGCAGAGACUAUCUUACUUUAACCAUUCGAAAUCUCUUCCAGAGGCUGAAGCCUUUCAGAUGUUGGCUCAAUGUCAGAAGAGAAAGAGAACCCAGUCUCUCAAGGGAGAAAGUGUUGACAAUUGCUCCUUAUCCUUUAUGAUGCAAGAUGAAACACCUUUUGCUACCAAUACUGGAAUUGACGACUCCAAAGCCUUGUUGUUUAAGGAGCUCACUUGCAAUGUCAUGCAAUCCUCCCACGUAGUCAAGUGCUUACCUGAGGUUGAUGAAGACCAACUAGAAAAGAAGAAAAUUUGUCUGCCUAAAAUAAUGAAUCCUGAAAAGCUUCAAGGGUCAACGAUAUCUACCUCUGACAAAUGGAAAACUAUUAUUUUCGACAUGGACGAAACACUGCUACACAAGGUUGGGUCCCAAGAUUCUAACCAGGAAGCAGAUUUUUAUGUUGAUGUGCCAAAGGAAGAUCACACUGGUUCAUAUAAGCUGGGAUUUAACAUAAGACCUUACGCAGUUGAAUGUCUGAAGGAAGCUAACAAAUACUUUGAAGAGGUUAUUGUCUUUACUGCUGGCACUCGGAACUAUGCCAAUAGUAUCUUAGACAUUUUGGAUCCGACCCAAAAAUUUAUCCAACACAGGCUUUACCGUGAGAACUGCAUCGAGCUUGAGUGUAGUGGAGCUACCUUCUAUGUCAAGGACUUAAGAAUUCUUGAAGAUAGGAAACUGAAGGAUAUGGUCAUCGUCGACAACUCAGUGAUCUCCUUCGCGUCCCAGAUCGACAAUGGUAUCCCAAUCCUACCAUUCAAGGAGGACAAGAAUGACUGAGAGUUCUUACAGCUGAUGAAAAUUAUGAAAGAUAUUUCAUUAGAGAAGGACUGUCGGAAGUUCAUCCGGAACAAAUUUAAAAUUAGCGAAAUAGUCAGCACCGAUACAGACUCAUACGCCCAUCUGUAUGAUAUGUCCGACUCCGAUGAAUCUACUGAGGAAGAACUUUUGGAAUCCCUUCUACAGUGCACUAGAACAUUAGGCAUGUGCUCCAAAGGGAAAGAGCAUAAGAAGAAAGUUAAGAAGGUUAAAAAGCGGGGAAGAAGAAGCAUGAAAAUCAUCGAAAAAGUUCAAACUCUCAGCGGCCACAUUGAAAAAUACGUAUAUAACAGGAGCAAUCCGAUUAUCGAAAGUGGUUGUAAACCUCUUUCUCCUGCUGUUGUGGAUGGAUCUUUUGAGGCUAAUCCUAAGUUCCAGGAAGCUGAGGAGAAAAGUAUCAGCCUUCUUUAA